AUGUGCUCAUUUUUCCGGAGAUUCAUCCAUAAUUUCGCUACUAUAGCCGCCCCCCUUACCGCACUGACGAAGAAGAAUACACCUUUCGAUUGGACAUCUCAAUGCGAAGAAGCCAUGAAAUACCUGAAAAAAGCGCUGACAACGGCACCUAUCCUUGCAGCACCACGGUUAGGUAAACCUUUUACCAUUGAAACCGAUAGUUCAGCGAAAGGAGUAGCCGGUAUUCUUAAGCAGGAACAGGAUGGAUUACAACGUGUCAUCGCCUAUGCGAGCCGCACCCUGAACAAGCAUGAAGCAAGAUAUCCGGCAAUAGAACUUGAAGCAUUAGGCCUGGUCUACGCAGUUCAGAAGUUUCGCCCGUACAUAGAUGGAGCCAAGUGUACGGUCAUCACUGACCAUGCACCUUUGAAGGCACUUCUCCACCGGAAAGAUCUUACGGGAAGAUUAGCAAAAUAUCAGAUUGUGUUGCAGGAAUUUGACAUUGACAUCGUUUACCGCCCGGGAAAGAAGAAUGCAGUAUGCGAUGCACUGUCUCGACACCUACCUCCCGCUGCGAAUGCUAUCACAUACAUCACAAGCGAUAACCUUCAAAUGGAUACAGUACGUAAGGAACAAGACGAGGAAAGUAGAGCACCUUUUGAGCAAAAACUGUAUGCGAGAAGAGAGCAAAUCAAUCCAGAGGAAUCUCUUCCAUGGGUUCCUCAAAAUGCAACGGCACUUCCAGAGCGGGUGAUUCCAGCGGAAUGUGACUCCUCAAUUCAGGGAUCUUUGGGCGAUGACGUCGUCGACACGCAAUUAAUCCUAUCAUCAGGCAAAAACAUCCCACGACGACGGUGA